AUGAGCCUAUACGCAGGCUGCAGGGAAAAGACAAGACAAGACAAGACCAGACAAGACAAGGGGACAAGGCAGAUACCAAGCUCAAUGUCACCAAUACUCAAGGAAUACCUGAAUAAAAGGGUCGUUAUAAUCAAGACUGACGGCCAGUGUCUCAUAGCAAGCUUGGACGGCUUCGACAAGAACACUAACCUAUUCAUAUCGAACGUUUUCAACCGUAUAAAUAAAGAGUUUGUCUGCAAAGCUCAGAUACUUCGAGGCAGCGAAAUCGCGCUCAUUGGCCUCUUGGACAUCGAGGACGAUGAUAGCCUGGCUCCUAUCGAUGAAGCGAAGAUACCGAUGAUAAAAGACACCAAGAAUAUAAUUGAAAAUGAGCAUAUAGUAUGGGAGAAAGUCUAUGAAUCAAAAACAAAAUGA